AUGGCUACCGCUACCACUGCCCCGUCGUCAUCAUCCUCCAGCCGCCAUGUCGGUAACAGCAACAGCAUGGCCACUGUUACCCAGUAUCCCGUACCCGGCCCGACUGUGACACCCUUGAAUCUCGAAACCUUGAUCCAGAGCUUGCCAGCCUGCCAGCGCUGUCGUGAGUGUCGCCGUGGGUGUGAUACCCUCCUUCCAAAGUGCAGGUUCGUACAACCCAUGUCUUGCCACACGCUCCAACAACUCACAUCUUGCUCUUCGCAGACAAUGCACCAAGGCUGGUGUCAACUGCAUGUACAAUGACCACGGCCGCGAUGAAUUGGUCUC